AUGUCAUAUAAUUUCCUGUCAUCUGAUCCAAAAAUGUCCUCGGAGUGGCUCAUUAUCAACACUCAGAUAUUGGCGAACAACGUCGAUAAAGCCAUACUUUCAACAUUGGCACGUGAUUUGAGUCAAUCCGAUUUGAUGCUCUUUAACGAAUUCUUUCGCGGGACCAAGAAAUUCAAAAACGAUAUCCAUCGAUCAAAGAUGGGUAAAUAUUACGAAUACGUUCCACUCUUGAAGAAAUCGAAUUUUUGCUUGAUACUGCCCAACUGUCAUUUAACUUCCCUGGACAUUUCGGAGGCCAUGAUGACAGGUUGCAUCCCUGUCAUAGUCUGGUCCGACUUUAUUCUACCGUUCGAGGAGGUGUUGGAUUAUUCUAGGUUCUCCAUAAGAAUAUCCGCUAGUCAGUUAACGAAGACCCUGCCCUCAUUUUUGCGACAGAAACAGAUCACUGACAGGAUCGAUGAUUUGAGGGAGCAGGGUUCUUUCAUUUGGCACAAAUACUUCAGCUCGAUCCAAAGAAUCACUACGACAACCCUGAGAAUCAUCGAUCAAAGAUUUAAUCCCAAACCUAAAAAUGGAACGAAAUCUCUUUACUAUCAAUGGAAUUAUAAAAGCCGGCAAAUCAAUAGAACCAAAUUCGGACCUAUCCUACCACUGCCUCGCAUGGCUAACAGAUACGGGACCAUGAAGUCUAGUCCGGCGACCCAAGGAUUUAUCAGCAUCGUGCUAACUUUCGACAGAUGGAAGAGUUGCAAGGAUAUGAUCAGAAAAUUACUCAAGGUACCCAGUAAUCUCGCGAUCCUGGUCAUAUGGAACAACCCGAACUUGAAACCCCCUACCAUAAAUACAUCAGAAUUCCACAACCCUCUAGAUAGACCUAUAAUGCUAUCAAAUAUGACAACGAAUGAAUUGGGGAACCGUUUUUUACCCCUCAAAAGGUUAAUACCACCCGAGUUUCUUCCUAAGAUUUCCAUCCCAGAAUGCGUUCUAUCCAUCGACGACGAUAUAGACAUGUUGACGGUGGAUGAAUUGGAAUUCGGGUUUCAAACUUGGAAGCAAAUGCCCGAUCAUAUAGUAGGGUUUCCUGGUAGGGUUCAUUCCUUAGACCCUCUCAGGAAUCAUUAUAGCUACGAUUCAGAAUGGAGGCCUAAUAUAUCCAUCAUACUAACCGGAGCUGCUUUUUAUCAUAGACAUUUCCAUCAUUUGUACACUUACCUUAUGCCGGAAAAACCUAGGAGAUUCGUCAAUAAUCAUUUCAAUUGCGAAGAUCUCGCAAUGAAUUUUUUGAUCGCGGACAUAUCUGGCAACCCGCCUAUUAAAGUAACUUCGAGGCAAAAAUUCGUGAAUUCUAAAGUUUCUAAGGAAACUGGCUUAUCCAAGAAAAACUAUCAGCAUAAGGAUAUCAGAAGUUAUUGCCUCAACUUAUUCACUCAGCAUUUCGGACAUAGAAUGCCACUGAAGACCGUAGAAUUUCGCUUCGACCCCGUGUUGUUUAAAGUAAAAUCCACUGGGAAAGAUGUCAAAUCGAACAAGAAAACUGUUCCCUUAUUUCCGAAUGUUGGCCAACUCUGA